AUGCGCCAAAGAAUUUCAGUGGUCUCGAAAAAUCAUGAUGUACUCAGUGAAGAUUUGGAUAUCCAAGAUAACUCUGUAGUAAUGAGAGGUAACGGUCAAUUCAUUCAGCGAAGAUGGACUAUCGAAAGAAAUGUAACAUUGCCAACAUCGUCUCUGGAAGCCACUCGAAUAACUUGGAAAAGAGCCAAGAAUUGCCAGCAAAAUAUUUUAGAACCUACAUUGAUCAAUGGAUUAAACGUAUAUGUCGGCAAUAGGACAGAAUCCAAUGGUCCAAUGCUACCGAAUUUCAAACUCGUCCAUGCAGAUGAAUUUGAUGAAGACAUGAUCUAUGAUAAAUUACCAGAAGUGGCUACCAUCUUGCAGAAAUUUGAUGAGGGACUCGCGGAUCUAGAUAUUCAAGUAGAAGGAGCUACUAUUAAGGUCGAUGAAUAUUUUCAAGUGGAGACCGAUUCGUUGGUCAAGGUCAAAAUUGAUGAGCAUUUGAGUAAACUCGAGGCAGGCUUCUUUUCUGUGGAAUCAGAAGAUAACACUGAGGUCACUUUGAAUGGAGUCAGGUGUAUGUGGCUCGAAAAUGGUACUAUUGACAAAUGCCAACAGACAAUGCUUUUUUACCAACAAGCCCACAUUCGGCGACCAAUUGAUUCGCGAACUCCCCUAACGUUGCGUCAGCCGGUCGGUCUGCACCCAAAUGUCGCUAUUGAUCUGCGAGAACAUGACAAUAAGACACAGUGCGAGUUUUUCUCAUAUAUAACGCUACCCAGAGAGUUGUUUGUGGACAAGUACCAAAGCAGCCCGGUUUUCCUCCAUGGAAGUCAGGAUCUUGAGCUUCCGGAGUAUAAAUUACCCGCUGACGUAUGGGGCUCUGAAACUAUGUUCAGGCUUCAACCAGGAAUUGAAAAUGAAAUUAAAUUGCAUUCCCGCUAUGUUCGACCCGUUGAUGGGGUGGCGGUCAAUACAGCAAGCUUUGACCUUCUCGUGUUUAAAGCUUGCGAUAGUGGAUCCUCUUCGGUUCGCGAAAAUCCUUUUUACUCGAAGGGUCUCGGAUUCGAGGCUUACUUCACGGAGGAUACAGUUUUCACGCAUUUAAACACUACAAAAAUUGAGGUUUCUAUACCGGCAGGUAACAUGAAUGAUUACCACUUUUUCCAACUCACAACCGUGCUAUGCGUUGUUGUGUCAUUGGUCUAUCUCUUUGCCAAAUUUUUUAAAAAUACUUAA